AACACGAAAGGAGGAGGAGGAGGAGAAGGAGGAGGAGGAGGAAAGAAGAAGCUGAAACGAGGAGGAGGAGGAGGAGAGAAGAAGACGAAAGGAGGAGGAGGAGGAGAGAAGGUGAAAGGAGGAGGAGGAGGAGGAGGAGAGGAGAAGAUGAAUACGAAAGGAGGAGGAGGAGAGGAAGAAGAAGAUCAAGAGGAAGGAAAGAGGUGGAGGAGGCUUCACCACGAUGGCGACAAAAGCUUCAAGGGCAGCGACGACGGGGAGGGCACGGAGAGCAACGGCAAGCAGCUCGACGAGGAGGAGCAGCAACGACGUGCGGGCUUUGCAACAGCAGCAACUAUGUGCGGGCUUCGCGACGGCAACGACGAUGGGCGACUUCGCAAUUGCAGCAACAACGAGCUUCGCAGUGGGGAAUAUCGUAUUCGAAUUUGAACGUGGCGUCGUAGCCCGCCAGAGGGGGAACCCAUUUCUUGUCGGUUGAUCUCAGUC